AUGCGGCUCCCAGCGCGCUCGAGCCGGCUCCGCGCCGCGACGCUGCUCUGCGUCGUUGCGAGCGCGCUGCGGCCGUCGCACGUCGUCACCCGGCCGUCGCGCGUCGUCGACCGGCGCGACGUCGCUCCGCUCGCGCUCGCGGGCCUCGCCGCCGCGGCCCUCGCGCCCGGCGCGGCGCGCGGCGCGGCGACGAAGCUGCCCAGCGGUUUGGUGGUCGAGGACGUCGUCGUCGGCGGCGGCGACUACCCGUCGGCGACGUCGACGAUCACGAUGGACUUCGCCGCGCGCGUCGGCGGCUUCGACGGCAAGCCCUACGUGACGUCGCCCGCGACGGGCGUCCGCGUCGACCUCGGCACGGACGCCAUCGCGCCGGGCCUCAAGGAGGCCAUCCUCGCGGACGCGCGCGUCGGCACGACGCGCCGCGUCGUCGUGCCGCCGUCGCUGGGCUACGGGGCCACGGGCUUCCCCCGCGAGGACGGCACGGCCGCGGGCGCCAAGGGCUCCAUCGUGCCGCCGGACGCGACGCUCUACUACGAGUUCAAGAUCCGGUCCAUCACGCUGUCCCGGGGCAUCGGCUUCGGCCUCAACUUCUUCUGA